AUGUCCAAGUCCCGAUCGCCGACUACCACCACCGUACCGGAGCCCGAACAUGAGGCGUUCGUCCGCCGCAAACCGGAUCCGAUUCCGUUCCAUCGGUUCCUGUACAACUCGAACGAGGGUACCGUCCUCGGUCGCAACGCCUUGUCCUGGGCGAAGAUCGGCACGUUCUACAUCGUCUUCUACAGCGUACUAGCCGCGCUGGUAGCUGUGUGCAUGUGGGUCUUCUUCCAGACACUGGAUCCCCGCAUUCCCAAAUGGCAAAUGGACCAGUCACUGAUCGGCACCAAUCCAGGAUUGGGCUUCCGUCCGCUACCGUCGGAGGAUAAUGUCGAGAGCACGCUGAUCUGGUACAAGGGCACGGACGAGAAGAACUACAAGAUGUGGACGGAUGCGUUGGACAAAUUUCUGGAAGAUUACCGAACACCCGGCCAGGUGUCGGGUCGCGGUCAGAACAUCUACAACUGCGAAUACAAUCAGCCACCGCCGAAGGGCAUGGUGUGCGACGUGGACAUCAAGCAGUACGGGCCGUGCACGCUGGAGAACCACUACAACUAUCACAAGAGUGCACCGUGCAUAUUCCUGAAGCUGAACAAAAUCUAUGGCUGGGUGCCGGAGUUCUACAAUGAAUCGUCCAGCCUGCCCAACAACAUGCCGAACGAGCUGAAGGAGUACAUCAAGGAGAAGGAACAGAAGGAGAGUCACACGAUGAACACGGUGUGGGUAACGUGCGAGGGUGAAAAUGCGGCCGAUAUUGAGAAUGUUGGACAGAUCCAGUACUAUCCGCGACGCGGAUUCCCCGGCUACUACUAUCCGUACGAAAACUCCGAAGGAUACCUGAGCCCGCUGGUUGCGGUGCACUUUGAGCGGCCAGUUCGUGGAAUCAUCAUCAACGUCGAGUGCAAAGCCUGGGCCCGCAACAUCAAGCACGACCGGCACGAACGAUUGGGAUCGGUCCACUUCGAGCUGAUGAUUGAUUAA